AUGUCUGAGGCACCAUCCUGUUCCAGCAAUGAGACUCCUACCCCUGUUUGUGAUCUGAAGACCCUGUAUUGGGCCUGUGUCCACAAUGACCCCGCUGAGCUUCAAGCAAGGCUGGAUGUCGGGGUCUGCCCAGAGGAGGUUUCCCAGACGGACAGCAAUGGGAGGACAGGCCUCAUGGUGGCAUGCUACCAUGGCUUUGGCACCAUUGUGGCUCUGCUCAGCUGCUGUCCUUUCCUGGAUGUGAACCAACAGGACAAAGAUGGAAACACAGCCCUCAUGUUGGCUGCUCAAGCAGGUCAUAUGCCUCUGGUGACUCUCCUACUCAACUACUUCGCUGGCCUGGACCUGGAGCGCAGAGACCAGCGGGGGCUCACAGCUCUGAUGAAGGCUGCCAUUCGAGACCGCUCCGAAUGUGUGGUUGCCCUCCUGAUGGCCGGUGCUGACCUGAACUCCGUGGAUCUGGUCCGUGGCAAGACAGCCUUGGAGUGGGCCGUUCUGACUGACAGCUUCAACACAGUGCAGAGGAUCCGGCAGCUGCUUAGGCGGCCCCAGGCAGAACAGCUCAGUCUGCAGUACCAGCCAGAGUGGCCAGCCUUGGCCCAGCUUGUGGCCCAGGCCCAGGCUGCCCCAUCCCUCCUAGAGAGGCUGCAGGCUACAUUGAGUCUCUCUUUUGCUGAGUGUCCACAGGAAGGGGGGGUUCUGGACCACUUUGUGACGGUCACCACCAGCUUGGCCAGUCCCUUCCUCACCACGGCCUGCCUCCCACUGUGCCCUGACCACCCACCCAGGCUAGGCACUCGAGGCAAGUCAGUGCCCGAGCUGUUGGGUACUGUCCCUGCCCCUCCCCCAGAACCCCAUCCUCCUCAGGUUGUCCCUGUUCCCCAGGUCUGUGUCCCCUACCAGAGCCCUCCAAGUAUGUUCUCCCAGUGGCUCCAGUCCAGGGACAGCACUGGUACAAGGUCACAAGUCCCCAAGAUCCUCCUCUCCAAGGCACCCUCUCCCGCUAGGCAGUAUGAGUUGAUACUCAGGCCUGCAGGGCCGCAAAGUCUGGCUCUUCCCCUAUGGAGAUACCAGGAGAGGAAGAAGCAGGAGGAAGGAGCAAAGAACCAUGGGGUGGCGGGCUAA